AACCACCACCACCAGCAGCAUCCUCAACAUCACAGCUCUACCUCCUCACUCGAAGACCCACUGCAGUCUCCGCCGCCACAGUACCCAGCUUGCGAAACCCCUGUCUCGACUCUCACCUCGGUCAUCUCUUACCGUACAGCACCGCCGCCGCCCUUCUCCUCGCUCUUCGUUCCCUCCUCGUCCACCGAUCAGCCGGACGCCGUCGCCUCUGCUCUUGAGACACGAGACGCCCCUGGCCCUGACUCGACCACCCCCUGCUCCUUCGACCAUCCCGAGUCCCACGCUCGUGAGAAAGCAUCUGCUCCUGCAUACGAACCCUCUACCCCCUCUGGCCCCUCUGAACCCUCAACUGUCUCUCAGGACGCCGUUGCGGAAACCAAGCGUGCUCUCCCCCGUGAUACAAAGGCAGAAGGCAGCUCCCGCGCCAAGGACGACGAGACCGAACCGCCACCAGCAUACUCGGAGGGAUACAGCCCCCUCCAGUCUUUCACAUACGUGAUGGCAGCCGCCGGAGGAGCUUCGAGUAUUAUUACUCAGGUGCAACAGGGCGGUCCGCCCAUCAACACGCUCGGAGAUGUUGGCGCCGAUGAGACUAUUGCUAUGGACCUACGGGGCACACGUUUUGUUCUCUCCAGGGACGAGCUAUUGACGCUGCCGGAGUUCGUCCUUCUCUCCUUGUUCCCGAACGGCUUGUUCCCUGAAGGGCAUAUGGGUGGCACUGAGGGAGAUGCCGUGCAGGUUGAUUAUGACCCAGAAUCUCUGCAGUACAUGCUCGAUUUCUUUCGCAAGGUGGCAUCAUCCAUCCCCUCGGACACGUCCCCUCCGGCAUCACAAGACGGCGAUGCGAUGUCUAUAGAACCACUUGUGGGAGCGUCACGCGACGACGCCUCCAAACGAGCGGGCAUCAUUGUGCUGCGCGAAGACCUCGACUUCUACGUCAUCCCGCCCAAGGCAGGCAUCCAGCAGGCAGAAAUGAUUGAGGUCAAGAGGGCCGCAGCCAGGGCGCUCCUGAAGCAGGAUGGCAUCUUCUCUGGGCUGAAGCGCAGUGAUGAACCAGGAACCACAGAGGCGCAUCUGAUCGAGAUGUUAACAGCAGGUGGCUUCAAUCAUGAUGAUCAGUGGGGACACCGAGCAGGCGAGCCUGGCAAGGCUGUGGUGUGCAGUCUGGCCCUCGCGAGGCUGCGCAGUGACAUCCGUGGCAACGAGAUGGGCGGCAACAAUGCGGUCGGUAUGGCACAGAAGCUCCUGCUGUUUUGGCGGAAACCGGCCAGGAGAUGCUGGUGGGAGGGCGUUGAGCUCAACGACGUUGAGGGCGUGGAGGGCAAGCUCAAGGUGUGGAUCAGGCGAGUGUGGACUCUCGAAAUGAGCGUCAUUGGGCUGCGAUGAUUCUUCGGCAUUGUUGCAUAAGGAUCAAGGGAGAGCGGGUUUUCUUCUUUUUUGUUUUCCCCCCUCAUCACACGGGCGAGCGAUAUAAGAGGAGGAGAGGGGGUGGUUGGGAGGGAGGUUGAAGGCAUACCCUCUUUCUUUCCUUUCCUUUUUUUGUUGCUUUGCUGAAUGGUCCGCUCGGUACAUCCUGGAUACAGGCGUAGCAUAUUCACACAACAGUGAGUCAAACUCGACGGCAGGUUUUCUAAAACUGUCCAGGAACAUUCAGCGGCAUAAUGCAGAGACCAUUUAUUGUUGAAUAUGGCUCAGGGACUUGACUUGUUGAGGGGAAUCCAUGCGUGAAUACUCUCAACCUUGGGCUAUCAAGAGACAUACUGGGCCAAGUCAUAUCGCAGCGAUUUUCAUUAUAACAACAGCCUAUGAGGAUAAUAAAAUGUUUCGUCUUCCUCCC